AUGGGCAAAGAGGUCAAGAGCACAUUGCAGCAGGCCAUACUCCGUUCAGAAGGGAUUGCAGAGUAUGCCAAGAGGCCUGUGCGCGUGAUGCUCACCAUCGGCGACAGAAAUUGCCACCAAAGGAGCCAAGAUGGAGAGGAGGAGGUUGAGGAGAUACCUGAAGUUCCCCCAGAUGCGCCAGAGAUUGAGGAUCCAGAAGCAGAGGAGGAACUACAGCAGAUUGCAGAUCAGGUUGAAAACCCAGAAGAAGGUCCGAAGGAAGACACACCAGAGGAGCUUGAAGAAAGAAAGCCGGUGAGGAUGGAGGUCACCAAGCUUUGCGAGCCUUUGGCAUCAAGGAGCCAAGAGGAUGUGUCAAGGGCGAUCAUCAACAUGUACAUGCGUCUGAGAGCAGACGGGUAUCGAGCGAUUGUCCAGCACAUCAAAGCAGCCAUCAGGCGUACACUUCAUGGAGCUGAAGCACCUUUUGAUCACUGGCCAAUUGCAGAUCGCUUCAUCAAUGAGAAGUUGCGGCAGAAGCAGGUGGACAAGGAGAAAAGGACACCGCCUUUUUUGUCGCAAGUUUUGGUCAGAAAGAGGUUUUGGAGGUCACGAGAAUUGGAGCCAACACAGGAGAAGGUGACCUACCUAUGUCCUUCUUCGGUUCAUCAUGGACAUUGGAUUGAAAGGGCAGAUGGAACUCAGGCGCUGACAAAGAUGGUCAUGCAGGGCUUGAGUGAACCACCAAAGUUGGAGGAUUGGAUUGGAAUUGAAGACGCCUUGAAUCCAAUCGAAGAAAGGAGAAGAAUCAGACACAAGGCGUCCAUCUACAUGCUGGAAGUCGAGGACGCCGCUGAAGCAGAUGAGCUUGAGAACCAAGAAGGAGACGGUAGAUCGCCAAGUUUUGAGGAGGAAGAAAGGGAUGCAUGGGCCAAGAAACAAUUUUAA